GUCCAUUUACCCUUCGAAGCCAACCUGUGUCUUCCACUGCUUUGAUUACUAGCUUCUUGUUCUCUCACUUUAGCAUUAAUACGAGUAAACAAAGAGAAAAGGCUCAUUAGUUUUUCUUCAUUAGAAUGUCAUCCUCAGUGCAAGAGAGUGUCUUUGAAUUAGAACCAGAGUUCUUGGAGGCCAACAAUAUGGUUCUCAUGUCCUUGAUGGAAGAAACACAGGAAGAUGAGUACUAUGUCGAUGAUAGACUCGUAAGCAUGAUCCAGUCACUGGAGGCAGAGAUCUCUGGCCCUGUGUUGGGUCAAAUGUACAACAUGGGACACGUGGAUGAUCAAGAUUUCUCCAGAUCAUUCAGUGGCUCUGAUGACAUGGAAUUGAUCUCUUCUUCACCGUUUUGUGAGAUGAAUGCGUGGAUCCCCUUUGGAGAUGAGAUGGAGCAUGAAGCAAUGGGAUAUAAAGCUGGAAAUGACAUCAAUGAUUUUGAAAUGUCUUAUGGAGUUUUCUGGGAGCAACAGCAUAGAGAGGUUUUUUUCUCUCAAGGACCAAAUGAUGCAGUAUUCUGAAAUUAAUUAAUAGCAAUAUUAUGAUCAAGAGAGAACAGAAGCAAUCUCUAAAUAAGGAUUGAUCGUGAAGAGUCUCUAAGUACUUAGUUUUCCUUUCAACAUGUAAUUAUCUAGUUGAAAAGUGGGGUUUUCUUUCCUUUCCCACAUAUAAUUAUCCAGUUAAAAUUUAAAAUGCAUUUUUCUCAUUUAAUAAACAUGCUGAUAUACUCGCCCCUCUAGUAACUUAAUCAGCUAAAGCAACCUAUGUUUGAUGUACUUAGGCUUAGGGUUUGGGGAGCUCCCAACUAUAUAAUGAGGGCUUCCAAUGAUCAAUGUACACUCACUUUUCCAUUCAAUACGAUUAAAAAGUUAUCCA